AUGGAACCUUCGGCAUUAAAGAAUGGAGUUGUUGAGACAAAUAAUAGAAACCCAUGCAGUCCUAAGCUCUAUAAAAGCAACCUUGUGUCCGCUCGAUUCCACACCACAAGAAAAGAAAUAUCAGCCAUAGCUAUAACAAUGAAGCCUAUGUUACUAGCUCUCUCCUUCCUUCUGUCAACCUCCAUGAUAACACUGUUUUCCGAAGCAGCUAAAGCUUCAGGAAAUGUAUUACGUGACCUUAAAGGCGCUAAAGCUUCAGGAAAUGCAUUACGUGACCUUAAAGGCGACGAGCUUCGCGCUGGUACUCCAUAUUAUAUAGUGUCAGCUAUCUUCCCUCUUGGUGGUGGUGUCAGCCUAGACAAAGUUAAGAACGAUACCUGCCCAACUGAUGUAACUUUACUACGAAACCCUUUUGAUAAUGGUAUCCCAGUAAUAUUCUCAACUUAUGAUGAGGAAAAUGUAAUUACGGAUUCCACACCAAUAUCCAUCAGUUUUGAUACCAAAUCUAGUUGUGCUGAAUCAACCACAUGGAUAGUUGAAGAAGAUGAGUCCUCAACAUCAGCAAGCCUUUUUGUGACUAUUGGUGGAGCAAAAGAUUAUAGAAACGCUGAAUUCAGGCUGAUCAACGAGGGAGGAAUAUUGACUUCCAACUACAAGCUACAAGCCUUCUUCGUGGUUCGUGGCUUUGGCUAUAUCAGUGAUGUUGGUGUCGAUGACAGUCUAUUUGGAGCUAGACGUUUGGCUAUGACAGAGGCACCAUUAUUGGUUUCAUUUAGAAAAGUCGAAGACGAUAUUAACGGAUUAAGAAAUGAGUAA